AUAUAUAUAUAUAAUUUAAAAUGCAGCUCAUGGCGGGAGGGAUGAUCUACAUCAACUUAUUUGUUAUCUAUAUAAUGCUUCUCUAUUUACCUUUCUUCUCCACCUAAUCUUUGAUCUUUCUACUCAUCUUUGGUUCUUCAAGAUUUGGUUGGUGAAAUCACAUACAAUCUCAUUUUUCUGCUAUUUCUUCAGCAAUGAGUGAAGGAAACCAGCAGGAGCAACUGCGAAGUUAUGCCAGGAGGGGAGAGUGGUCAAAAGUAUUUGAAACAUACAAGCAAGAAAGGACACUUCGUAUAGCCAAGAUAACGGGGACAGGAGACACAUUGUUACACAUGGCUGUGUCUCAUGGGGAAGAGCACGUGGUGGCAAAGAUGGUUGACUUGUUAGUUCAAGAAGAGAGCUGGAAUGUGAAUAUCAUUCUUGGCGCUGAGAAUGAUAGAAAGAACACUCCUUUACAUUUAGCAGCAAAAAGGGGGAGCGUUGAAAUGUGCAAGAAAAUUGGUGGUAGGGACCCCUUAUUAAUUGCUAAGCGCAACACUGUGGGCGAGACACCCAUUUUUCUGGCAGCUCUCUAUGGCAGAAGAAAAGCUUUUCUUUGGCUUUAUUAUAUGUAUAUGGGAAGGCCUAGAGUUUCUUCAAUUGACUUUGCACACUGCAUAAGGGACAACCAUGAUACCAUUCUUCACUGUGCAAUUGCAGAAGGGCAUUUUGAUGUGGCCAUCGAAAUAGUUUACCUUUAUAAAUAUCACUUGAAAGAGAUGAUGAAGCGCAAUAAGGAAGGGUUGUCUCCACUUCAUCUCUUAGCAGCACAACGUUCAGCUUUCGAAAGUACUGCCCUCCUUGAACUAUCAAUCUUUGGCCAUCCAAUUUAUUGGCUUUCGAAAGCUAAGGAGAAGAAUCGGGCCACUUCGCUUGAAGAAUUGCAAAAACGAUCGUCUCUUAUAUAUCGAAUUUUGGUCAAGCUUAUCAAGUUUAUACAUUGGUUGCUGCGAUUCCUCCUGCUAUACCUGCUGUCACAAUAUUUUGUACCAGAAAAUUGGAAAGAUAUUCGGUGGUUGCUGCUAUGCGUCGCGUUAUUCAUGCUGUUACAAGGGUCUGAAGCAGUCCUUGGGAGAUGGUUCCGUCAGAUACGAAAGAUGAAGGAGAAGCACAAAUGGUCACUUCAAAUAAUGAACCAACUUCUUCGGCGUACAUCAGAUAAAGAUAUGUCACAAAUCAUAUGGAGAACGGUCUCUGAGCAGCUUUCGAUUUCCUUGCAACCAGAAGAUGAUAAUGAGUUGAAGUUAAUGACGACACCAGCAUCCAGUACAAUAACUAUUGAGACGCCCCUAAUGAUUGCUGUGAAGAAUGGAGCAGUAGAAAUGGUGGAGAAGAUUCUAGAAUUAUUUCCAUCAAGUAUUAAAGAUGUGAAUCUUGAGGGAAAGAACAUAGUUCUACUAGCAGCAGAAUAUAGGCAAACAAAAGUAUAUAGGUUUUUGUGGAAGCAGAAAUGGCUAAGUGAAAGCCUAUUUUGGGAUGUAGAUAAAGAGGGAAACAAUGCAUUACACUUGGCAGCAAGGCUGGGAGUGGAGUUUGAUUGGCUCAAUCCCGGGGAAACACUCCUCAUGUCUGGGGAAAUCAACUGGUUUGAGCUUGUGAAGAAUACAAUGCCCCGUGGUAUGUUGGAGACAUACAAUCAGAAAAUGGAGACCCCAGAUGACAUUUUUAAAGAGAGUCACAAGGAAAUUAUGAAACACGAGGGAGGGUGGGUGGCUAAAACCUCACAAGCAUGUUCUGUGGUGUCGACCCUCGUUGCAUCGGUGGCCUUCGCCACACGAGACACUGUGCCAGGUGGUUAUAAUGCCGAGGGCUUUGCAAUCCUAAGAAACAAACCAGUAUUCAAACAUUUCGUAAGUUCUUCGAUUGCGGCCCUCUUCUUCUCCCUCAUUUCCACCAUCUUCUUUCUGUCCAUAGUUGCUUCUCGUUCCCAAUCUGUUCACUUUUGGAGAUACCUUCCUUUAAAACUUUACUGGGCUAUGUUCUUGAUGUUCUACUCUAUUGCUUGUUUGUGGAUCUCUUUCUGUUCUGGUGGUUUCUUCAUGUUCGAUGAUGACGAUCAAAAAUUGCGCAAGGCUCUUCCAAUUUUUAUUUUCAUGUCAUCAAUGAUCGUCCUUUUGGUUAUCACACAGCUCCCCACAUUCUUUGCUCCCAUAUUGUCUGCCAUUCCUGCCCCAAGACGCAAGCGAGACAAUGACUUCGACCUUCAAGACGUGGAGAACUUUUGUAAUGAAGACAAGUGGUCAGAAGUCCUUGAAAGGUGCAAGAAAAACAGAGAGCUUCGCACAGCCAAGAAAACGGACACAGAAGACACCGUAUUACACAUUGUGGUGUCUCAUGGGAAAGAGCAGAUGGCGGAAUCCAUGGUGGAUUUUGUUUGUGGAGAGGGAAGUAAUGACAAGGAUGGGAUGCCGGAAGUGGAUGAAAAUGGUGAUGAGAAGAAGCGUGUCAUUGGGGCUCAGAAUGCUGAUGGUAACUGA